AUUUGGUUUGUUAAUUGUGCCAACUGUGUCAAGCAGCGAGCGCCCCCCAAAAAACAGAAACAGAACAUAGCCAUGAACAAAUUCGCUACUAUCGCAAUUCUGGUCUGCGCCUACCUGGCGGUCGGCAGCUGCAGCGGCUACGGCGGCGGCUACGGCGGACGCAGCUCUCACGGCAGCAUCAUCUACGGAAAUGGCAAGAACAGCCAAGCCGCUUCAGCUGCUUCCUCGGCGGCUUCUAAUGGCAACCAGCAUCAGCGUCCCGUAGAGAUCCUUGCUGGUCCACGUGCCGGAUACGGACAAGGACAUGGCUCUAACUAUGGCGGUGGCUACACCGGUGAGCUCCUGCGUCCCAUCAAUCUGGGAGGCGGUUAUGGCAGCAGCCAUGGAGGUAACCGCGGCUAUGGCGGUCCCCAGAUCGCUGUUGGCCCAAUUCCCGUUAUUGCUGGCUCUCGCGGCGGCUAUGGUGUCUCUCACGGCGGCUACGGCCGUCCUCAGAUCGCCCAUGGUGGUCAUAAGGGAGGUUAUGGUGGUGCCCGUGCUGGCUAUGGACCCCGUUGGUCUGUCCAGCCUGCCGGUGCCACGCUCUUGAACCCCGGUCAGAACAACUACAAGGCCUAUGUGUCGCCACCUGAGUACAGCAAGGUGGUGCUCCCAGUGGUGCCCGCUGCCCCAGUUGCCAAGAUCUGGCUGCCCGAGAACAACUAUGGCUCCAACUAUGGUUCCUCCAAAUACUAGAGAACCACUCCCACUCUAGUAAUUGUGUAAAUAUUGUAGUGCCCAUACCACUCUAAUCCCACACACCCACAUAACACACACAAGGAGAGCGAUUAGAGCGGCAAUAAAAUGUGAAAAGAUGAAACCAAAA